AUGACAUCCCAACAAGUAAGAAAUGACUCUUCUUCCAGUGAUCCAAAACAUCUUGGAGGGGUAGAACCACAAGGCUCUGUAGUCCAUGCACCUAUUGUUUUAUCGUUCAAUGAUAUGAUUCGACCGCUCCUUGAUUGUGUGGACAAGCUUAGGCACCUCAACAUCAUGCAGGAUGGCAUUCAGCUGCCUACCAUUGUGGUGAUUGGUGAUCAGUCUUCGGUGAAGUCCAGUGUGCUUGAAUCACUUGCCGGAAUUAGUCUUCCUAGAGGGGAAGGCAUUUGCACUAGAGUGCCUCUCAUCAUGAAGCUCCAAAAUCAUAGUGAGACAAAGGUUUACUUGGAGUACAAUGGAAAAUCAGUUCCAACCGAUGAAUUUCACGUAGCAGAGGCCAUUAUUCUUGCAACUAAUGAGAUUGCUGGACAUGAUAAGGGAAUAUCCAAUAUCCCUUUAACACUCAUAGUGAAAAAGAAUGGUGUUCCUGACUUGACUACGGUGGAUUUGCCUGGAAUACCUACGGUCCCGGUUCAUGGAAAAUCAACAGAUACUUUUGAACAAAUUUCAGAAAUUGUUAUGAAAUAUAUAACUCCAGAGGAAAGCAUAAUUGUGAAUGUUUUAUCAGCCACUGUUGAUUUCUCUACUUGUGUAUGCUUUAAGAUGUCCAAAAAAGUGGACCAAACUGAGGAAAGGACUCUAGUAGUUGUGACAAAGGUAGAUAGAGCUCCUGAAGGGCUGCUUGAGAAAGUUACUACAAAUGACAUGAAUGUUGGACUUGGCUAUGUUUGUGUUAAGAAUCGUAUUGCGAAUGAGUCUUAUGAAGAAGCUCUUAGUGAGGAAGCAAGGCUUUUUGAAACUCAUGCACUGUUAUCCAAGAUGGACAAGUCUAUGGUUAGCAUUCCUGUUCUGGCACAUAAGUUGGUGCAAAUUCAAGCAAACAUUAUUUCCAAGUGCUUUCUGGAUAUUGAGAAGAAGAUCAACGACAAACUCGCAGUCAAUGUUGCUGCUCUCAAUGAGUUGCCACAGCAUUCAAGUUCUGUUGCUGAAGCUUUGGCUACAUUCAUGAGCAUUCAGAGUUUGGCUAUUGAGUCUCUGAAGAAAACUUUUCUUGGAGUAGAGUCUGAUGAGUACACUGAAGAUUUUGAAAAGCAAUGUUUUGCUAAAUGGUCUGAGUUGAUUGAUCUUGAACUCAAACAAUACUCUGCUGAGCUACGUUCAAAGUAUCCUGAUGAGAAGGAAGACAACUUGUUUGUUGAGCUCAUGUUUUUAAAUGAAGCACAAAGGAUUGGAUUGCCCAAUUUCCUGGAUGUUUUGCAGAAGAAGGUCAGAGACAUUUCUGCAACUACAGAGGAGUUUGUUGGAAAAUUGUGGAACUAUAUAGAGGGAGUUGUCAUCAAAGUUUUGAUGCAUCAUUCUGGUAGUUGCCCGGAACUUCAGUAUUUCAUUAAGAGGGCAGUGCAAAAUUUGAUUGCAAGGAGGAAGGAUAAAUCGGUUAAUUUGAUACAAGAAAUCAUUGGGAUGGAUAGGCUGACUGACCUCACUAGUAGUACUGAAUAUGUAGCUACUUAUAGCAGUCUCAUGGCUCAAAAAAAGAAAUUUAUGAAGUUCUGCAAAUAUUCCAAAGGGGGAACGAAAAUAAACAUCAAAGGAUUUGGAGUAAUUGAUGUUUUGUUUUUGAGGCCUCAAAAGUUGUUGAUGAUCGAAUGUCUUGAAAAGUUUGUUUAUGAGAUUAAGGAUGAGAUUCUUGGUGAUCUAAUAGCAUCCCAUGGUGGUGGAUUUGAGAGUUCCCUGCAAGAAUCAUUGGUUGCUGAGAUGUGCUUUAGGCUCAAAAAGAGUGUGAAGUUGCUUGAAGAGUUAAAAGAGAUGGUGGCGAAGAUUAUGGAGUACAGUCUUGGUUCAUCAUGUUAG